AUGCCUCUUUGUGGCGGUGGUCAAAAUACGAUUCAACGUAAAAUAGUAAUUCUAGGUGAUGGUGCGUGUGGUAAGACGUCAUUGUUGAAUGUUUUCACAAGAGGGUACUUUCCACAGGUGUAUGAACCUACUGUGUUCGAAAACUACGUACAUGAUAUUUUCAUAGAUGGCCAAUCGGUUCAAUUAUCCUUGUGGGAUACGGCUGGACAGGAAGAAUUUGACAGAUUAAGAUCGCUUUCGUACUCAGAUACGCAUUGUAUCAUGUUGUGUUUCUCUAUAGAUUCUCCAGACUCGUUAGAGAACGUCCAAUCGAAAUGGGUUGGUGAGAUUGCAGACCAUUGCGAGGGUGUCAAAUUGGUGUUAGUGGCUUUAAAGUGUGAUUUGAGAAAUAACGAAGAUACAGAUGUGGACCAAAAUGGAGGAAACGCAGGAGGGGCAGAAGAUGAAUCGUUCAACCCAUAUUCGCAAUCGUCUUCAAAUCCAUACCAACAACAGAAACGAUUAAUAAGUUACGAAGAGGGCUUGGCUGUCGCCAAAAAAGUCGGUGCUUUGAGAUACUUAGAAUGCUCGGCCAAAAAGAAUAGAGGUGUUAACGAGGCUUUCUCUGAAGCGGCUAGAUGUGCUCUUAACGCCAAACCAAAAGGUGCUAAUGAUAAUGAACCAGAAAAAAAAAGUUGUGUUAUAAUGUAA